UCACAUCAAGUGAAGAAACUUUAUUAGUUUUUAAUUCGGACGGCGCAUGGGAAACGAGAUUGAAGUUUUCUAAAUUAAUUGCAAAAUAUGUAAAAGUAUACCAUUCAAUAGUAUUGUCAUGAUGUGUUCAUUAAACGAAACUGGAUCAACAGAUAAUUCUCCUCGUCUAAGUGACCCAUAUCCCCCUAUACUCGCAAGAACCCAGCCACACUCGCGGCCACCAUCUGCGGCUGGUGGAAAGAGUAAAAUACCCACAAAUGUUCGUCGUAAUCCUGUGCCAGGAGUUGAGUCUGAUAGAAUUUUGAAAAUCCCAGUGGCAGACACUCGAAAAGAUAUCGGUCAACGUGUCGCUUCGAAAAGCUUUAAUUCUGCAAUGCCGAGCAAAGGCUUGAACGCAUUCUCUGGAAUGCAUAGAAGACAGCUUGAGAAUCAACUUCAUGUGAAGAAAAAUAAGUACGUGACAUUGAAGAAGGAUCUUGUCGAGAAACAAAAAUAUGCAAUCGAGAUGUAUGAAGAUGUGGUUCACCUCCGAAAGAAGUUGAUCGCAGCUGGAGGUAAAGAUUCCGGAAAAAUCGAUGCGAUCCCGUUGCUCUGUGACCAGAGCCUGGAGUCCCGAGGAGGUGGAGACAUGACAUUUUUAGUGGGCUCCACAGUCAGUAAAGAAUUUAUAUCAACUAUUCAACUGCAGUUAGAUGGUGCUACUAAACAUCUCAUCGAUGUCUGUCAAGAUACAUUAAUACAAUACUCACGAGUUCUUCAUCGUUUGAUGAGUCCCAAAGAUCCAUCGCGAGAUUCAGAAACCAUGUCUGAGCUCAAGGAUUUUGAGGUGGUUCGUGAAAACUUGGUAAAACAGCUAGAGGCGAUAAAAGAAGACGAGAAUGAUUUCAGGAGCAGUGUGAUGAGUAAAGUAUCUAUUUUGUGGAGCGAAAUUGAAGCGUGUCGAAUACGAAUCAAACAUCUGGAGAAACCUGUUAACGACGUGGCCAAUCAGUUGCGGACCAAGCUGAACAGUGAAGCUGAGAAGAUGAGGGAACUUCAAGAGAAAAAGAGCACUGUUAACGACCAAUUGCAGAAAGCUAAAUUGAGGAUUAAGGAGUUGGAGGGAAAGUUGGAGGAAAGUCAAAUCAAAAUAUCUCAUAUUCAAGGGAUUGUUAAGAAUUUGGAAGCGCAGUUGAAACAGGUGGGCAUUACCAAGGAGCGGAGAAUCAGCGAGUUGCAGAAGUCAUUGAAAAAUUCAGAGGCAACUAUUGCAAAAUUGGAGAGCCAACGCGAAAGCCUCGAGUUACGUCGAAGUGAAUUGAAGAAAGAUUCCUCCAACUCUGCACAAGUAGAGAUGCAGGGACAAAUGACGGAUCUAGAUGGACAGGUGCAGAUUCUUGAGAACCACGUGAAGAGCUUACAGGUUGAAUUAGCAGGAUAUCAGGAUCGAACUGAGAAACUCGCAGCCGAAAAAUUGGAAAUCGAAAUUGAUUUCAAGGCCCAAUUGGAAAAAAAAUCUCUCGAAGUAUUGGAAUUACAGCGAUAUGGUGAAACAUUGCGGAAGAAAAGCGAUUCUUUAGAACAACAGGUGAAGUCUUCAACUUCAGGGGCGUCAGCAGCCUCACCGACCGAGUACAAACGCGACAAUAAUGAAAGAUCGGGACAGAUUACCAAUGGUGGUGUAGAAAUCUUGAAGGGAAAUGACGAAAUCGAAAUGAGCAUGGCUGACUUUACACAUAGGAUCAAGGAAAUGGAGAUGGAAUUGACUCGACGAGAAAUGCAAUUGCAGCAUAAAGAGCGACUUAUUAAAGAUCAGGUGGAGCAACUGAAGGUUCAUGAGGAGCUGAUUACGAUUCUUAAAACAGAACAAGAUACGAGAGCUAUAAACAUGUCUAACAAGAAUCUCGUGGGGAAAGUCAGCCUUGAGGAGCUCUACUCCACUCUUGAAGAGAAGCAAACACAACUGGUGAAUUUAGAAAAGAUGGUUAAGGAAAUGGAGGAUCAAGAACGACACGCCCAGGAGCAAAGAACACGUCAAGAGAAGCGCAUAGCUCAGCUGGAGCUCAUGUUACAAACUAAGACGAAAGAAAAUCGAGGUAAUGAUUUAGAGUCGAUGAAAAUGGUAAAUCGUGAGACAAAAAAUUACGAGUAUACUCAGGCUGAACAUAAGUUCGAGUCGUUCUAUCGAUGGCUAAUGUCAAAUCAUGAAAAAAAUUCCGGAUAUUUCUGUACCUCUAAACAUGAUAACGAGUCGAAACUUUUUCAUUAUAACGAAAAAAGAGGAAAUCAAUGUGGCAGGGAGUCUAACGGCUCUAGGAAGCAUUCGUUACAAUGGAAAACUCCAUGUCCUACCAGUAAAUAUCAACGAACAUCAUCAAAGUAUCUGCGUAGAAAAUAUUAGACUGAAUAUUUAGCACUUCACUUGAAAAAAUUGAGAUAUUUCUGCAGGGCAAAUCAAGUCUUCUGAAGGUUAUCCCAUUCCAGUUCAUUUACGAAAGGUGGACUUUGUGAUACGGAAAGGGCCAUUGUGUAUCCGUCUACGAAAAAAUUCGAGAAUGGGACGAAGAAUAUUGGUCAGUAAAUGUUAUCGGGAAUUGUAUUAGCUUUGCGAAGAUUACUAUCUCGAAUGGAGCAGUCUCUAUAUACUUCCUCCCCCUAGGAAACAAUCUGUGGUUGGCAUUUCCUAUAAAGUUUUUUCCACUAUAUUGCCCACGGGAACUGGUGGUCACUAAUUCGAAAGAGUUGUGUUCAUUUUCACUGAUAUCUGAUUUACAACACUAUAAAUUCUAUAACAGGCAACUGUAUGCUUUACGGGACUGUAAAUGUGUAUGAAUACGGUUGUAAUCUUCUCUUGUUUUUCAAAGUCGGCAGAAACAUCGUCGACUUUUUUCAA